AUGGCAGUGGUAGAGAUGCUCAUGAGUCCUGUACAGGACUGUGUGGUCUUUGAGGAUGUGGCUGUAUAUUUCUCCCAGGAGGAGUGGGGCCUCCUUGAUGAAGCUCAGAGACACUUGUACCAUGCUGUGAUGGCAGAGAACCUGGCACUCGUGACCUCCCUGGGUUGUUGGCAUGGAGCCCAGGGUGAGGAGGCCUCUUCUGAGCAAGGUGUUUCUAUAGGGAUGUCAGAGGUCAGAACUGCGAAGCCAGAUCCAUCCUCCAGGAAGGCCCAGUCCAGUGACAUGUGUGGCUCACUCUCCAGAGACCUUUUACCCCUGCCUGAGCAUGACAGAAUGUACUGUGAUGAAGGACUGUACAUUUGUGGAGCAGACCUUUUCCAGCAGCAGAAGGAGAUUAGAGACAAACUUUGCAGAAGGGCUGAGGGGCAGCCUUCAUUUGUGACCAACAGCAGUGUUCACACAGGAGAGAGGAACUUGACCUGCAAGAGAGAUGGGAAGCCCUUCCCAGGCAGCACAGGCCUUCUGCAGCAGCUGGCCCCUUGUGGUGUGGGGCAGCCACAUGGGGACACUGAGUGCCAGGAGGCCUUUGGUCAUGAACAGAGUGGUUACAGGUGUACUCAAUGUGGGAAAGCCUUCAGCCGAAAACAGAUACUUGUUGAGCAUCAGAAAAUCCACACUGGAGUAAGGCCUCAUGAGUGCAGCGUAUGCGGGAUGGCCUUCAUUAGAAAAUUUCACCUUGUUCAGCACCAGAGAAUCCACAGUGGAGAAAGGCCUUUUCGGUGCGGUGAAUGUGGGAAAUGUUUUAGGUACAACUCCACGCUCAUUAGUCAUCAGCGAGUUCACACUGGAUUAAGGCCUUAUGAGUGUAGCAAAUGUGGGGAAUUCUUCAAGUACAGUGCCAACUUCAUGAAACAUCAGAGAAAGCACAAUGGAGAAAGGCCCUUUGAGUGCAGAGAAUGUGGGAAAUUCUUUAGGUAUAACUACAGACUGAUAAGACAUGGGAGAGUUCACACUGGAGAAACUCCUUAUCAGUGCAUUGAAUGUGGGAAGUUUUUCAGGUACAGCUCCACAUUCAUUAGACAUCAGAGAGUUCAUACUGCAGAAAAGCCUUAUAAGUGUAAUGAAUGUGGGAAGUUCUUUAGGUACAAUUCCACACUCAUUAAACACCAGAGAGUUCAUACCGGAGAAAGGCCUUAUGAGUGCAGUGAAUGUGGAAAAUUUUUCAGGUACACAUCCACCCUCAUUAGACAUCAGAGAGUUCAUACUGUAGAAAGGCCUUAUGAGUGCAGCUUGUGUGGGGAAUACUUUAAGUACAAAUCCAAACUUAUUAAACAUUGGCAAAAUCACACUGGAGAAAGGCCUUAUGAGUGCAGUGAAUGUGGGAAGGCCUUUAGGUACCACUGCAGACUCAUUAGACAUAAGAGAGUUCACAGUGGAGAGAGGCCAUUUGAGUGCAGUGAAUGUGGGAAAUUCUUUCGGUACAACUCCAACCUCAUUAAACAUUGGAGAAAUCACACUGGAGAGAGGCCUUAUGAGUGCAGAGAAUGUGGGAAAGCCUUUAGCCACAAGCAUAUACUUGUUGAGCACCAGAAAAUCCAUACUGGAGAAAGGCCUUACGAGUGCAGCAGAUGUCACAAAGCCUUCAUUAGGAAGUCCCACCUUGUUCAUCACCAGAAGAUUCACACUGAAGACACUAUGAGUGCUGUGAAUGUGGGGAACUCUUUAGAUACAACUCCAACCUCAUGA